CACCCAUCAUGUGAACAAGUACACACCAUCCUUCUGCUAUAAAUUGAAGCCAAUGCUUCACUGAAACCACCACUCAAAUCCUGCUGAGAAAAGGAGGCCGAGAUCAUGGACAAAGCUAACUAUGUUCCAGUAUAUGUGAUGCUUCCACUUGGGGUGGUUAAUGCUGACAAUGUGUUCGAGAAUCCCGAAGAUCUCCGCAGGCAGCUCAAGCAACUGAGAGCAGCGGAAGUUGACGGAGUGAUGGUUGACGUGUGGUGGGGGAUCAUAGAAGCAGGCGGGCCGAAGCAGUACGAUUGGAAAGCAUAUAAGAGCUUAUUCCAAAUGAUCAAGGAAGAAGGCCUAAAGUUGCAGGCCAUUAUGUCAUUCCACCAAUGUGGUGGAAAUGUAGGGGAUGUUGUUAACAUCCCUCUACCAAAAUGGGUUCUUGAUAUCGGGAGUUCUGACCCUGAUAUCUUUUAUACUAAUAGAGCUGGUGUUUAUGAUCCAGAGUAUCUCAGCCUCGGAGUGGACAAUAAACCACUUUUUGGUGGACGGACUGCUCUGGAGCUUUACAGCGAUUACAUGAAGAGUUUCAGAGAAAAUAUGUCGGAGUUCUUGGAGGGCACGAUAACGGACAUCGAGGUCGGGCUUGGCCCCUGUGGAGAGAUGAGGUACCCAUCAUAUCCACAGAACCAGGGCUGGGUUUUCCCUGGAAUUGGGGAGUUUCAGUGUUAUGAUAAGUACAUGAAGGCAGAUUUCAAAGAUGCUGCAACAAAGGCAGGACAUCCUGAAUGGGAUUUGCCAGAUGAUGCAGGACAAUACAACGAUACACCUGAUCAGACCAAAUUCUUUGGAGAGAAUGGAACAUACCUUAGCGAGAAGGGGAAAUGUUUCCUAGCAUGGUACUCGAACAAGUUAAUUGAACAUGCCGAUCAAAUCCUGGAUUUAGCUAAUCAAACUUUUCUAGGCUGCAAACUGAAGCUCGCUGCUAAAGUUUCUGGUAUGCAUUGGUGGUAUAAAUCUGCUAGCCAUGCAGCAGAGCUCACUGCAGGGUACUACAAUUUGAACGAUCGAGAUGGUUAUAGACCAAUAGCAAAAAUGCUCUCUAGGCACUAUGCCAUCCUUAACUUCACCUGCGUCGAGAUGAGAGACUCUGAACAAAGUGCAGAUGCUUACUCUGGGCCUGAGGAACUUGUUCAACAGGUAUUUAGUGGGGCUUGGAGAGAGGAUAUUGAGGUAGGAUGCGAGAAUGCACUCAACAGAUACGAUGCAAAUGCUUACAAUGAGAUACUGAAGAACUCAAGACCCAAUGGUGUAAACCCAAAUGGUACUCCAAAGCUGAGGAUCACAGCAAUGACGUAUCUCAGACUGGGACCUGACCUCUUGAAGACCGACAAUUUUGAUCUGUUCAAGAUUUUCGUGAAGAAAAUUCAUGCUGGCCUGGAUUAUUUGCCAGAUCCAUCAAAAUACUUUAAGCCUAUAACUCCAUUGAAGAGAUCGAAGCCAAAGAUGUCGAUGAAUACUAUAUUGGAAGCAACCAAAGUGAGUCCGCCUUUCCCAUUUGAUGCUGAAACAGAUAUGCCUGUGAACUAGUUGUUGCUAGAUUGAGAAGAUGGAGCCCUUUGCUGAAUAAAAAUCCUAUAAAUUAUGUACUGGAAUAAGUCGCUCCAAGCAGCGAGGUAGCUGUGAAUUACUUGGAAAAUCCAUGACGAGUGUGAAUAAAUGCAACGAACUUGUUUCGAGUGAAAACGCAAGGAACUUUUGUGUGUCAAUGUGGUAUAUGUUACUUGUUACUACUGUUUCUCUGCUACAACUGUGUGUUUCAGUUGAUAAUGUAUGCCUUCUACCGUAAUUCUCAUCAUAAUGAAUUGAGUACUGCUUUACUGCA